GAGGUGCAAGGCAUGCGACGAGAGGGGGAGCGCCUCUCAACUACCGAGCGCUCACUUGUGGAUUAUAACCGGACCAGUAGUGUUCAGUAGAUCAACUAGUCUCCUGUUUUCCUUUAUUUUUGUCUGACUCCUGCAGGAGUGUCUGAACCAACAUGAACAUGUCCCCGCCCGACCGGAGGAAAAACAUCCGCGCCUUGGCUCUGGAGAUCGGCAUCCGCGUUCUUCUUUUCGGAGUUUUUGUAUUCACUGAGUUCCUGGAGCCCUUCGAGCGCGUGAUCCAACCGGAGGAGCUGUGGCUGUACAAGAACCCGCUGGUGGAGUCCGACCACAUCCCCAAGAGAGUCAUGUUUGCCAUCUCCUUCCUCACUCCCUUGGCCGUCAUAUUUGUGGUGAAGAUCAUUCGGAGGACGGACAAGACGGAGAUCAAAGAGGCGUGUUUAGCUGUGACACUGGCUCUGGCGCUGAAUGGAGUCUUCACAAACACCAUCAAGUUGAUCGUGGGCAGGCCCAGGCCGGACUACUUUCACCGCUGCUUUCCAGACGGGCUGAUCCAUCCCAAGAUGCUUUGCACCGGGGAACAGGAGCUGGUGUCAGAGGGCCGCAAAAGCUUCCCGAGCAGCCAUUCCUCCUUCGCGUUCUCUGGCCUGGGCUUCACCUCCUUCUACCUGGCGGGGAAGCUGCAGUGCUUUACGGACCAGGGUCGCGGGCGGAGCUGGCGUCUCUGCGCCAUGGUGCUGCCCCUCUACAGCGCCAUGAUGAUCGCCCUCUCCCGCACCUGCGACUACAAGCACCACUGGCAAGACGCCGUGGUGGGCGGGCUGAUCGGCUUUCUGUCCGCGUACUUCUGCUACCGCCAGCACUACCCUCCCUUCCUGCACGCUGAGUGCCACCUGCCUUACGCCAGCCUGGCCGCCAACGCCGCCGCCGUGCGUCUGACCUUGCACCCCCUCCAGGACGAGCAGCCCACCGACAACUCGACCACCCUGCCCCUGGAGGGGCUGAAUGAGGGGCCCGUAUGA